UUGGAUCUGAUACUCUUUUUUCUUGAAAUCAUGCUGGCAACACUUCCACGAAUAUUUACUGUGUUUUAAGUUUAAAGUUUUGGCGGUUAAAUUCUGUUACGCUUAUCGUAAAAUGUGUGACCUAUUGUACUAAAAUAACUUGCCAGUAAUUGUGCACCUGUGAUUAGAAGUUUCUUCUAUAUCGGCUUAAUGUUUGUAUCUAACAUUAGAACUGACUUUUAUGAUGUUAUUGCCGGAAAUCGAGUACUGCUUUUGGUGGGGUGCGACGUGGACGCUAUAUGUGCGUGCAAAAUAUUGCAAUAUUUAUUCCAUUGUGAUAAUGUAUUGUACACCUUGAUCCCUGUUUAUGGUAAAACAUCCUUGAGAGAAUCUUUUGCACGCCAUAAAGAUCAAGCAAAGUAUGUGAUUUUAAUAAACUGUGGUUCGACUAUUGAUAUUGUUGAUGUUCUAGAGCCUAACGAAGAAGUAGUUUUUUUUAUCUGUGAUAGUCACAGACCUGUUAACAUUUAUAACAUAUAUAGUGAAUCACAAAUUCGCUUGCUUAUGAAAUCCAGUGAUUGUGAAGGUGUUCCACAAUAUGAUGAUGUUUUUAAGGAUUCUGAUUCAGAAGACGAGGAUGAUGAUGGUGGACGACCAAGUGAAGCUUCUAUUUUAAAGCGUCGCGAGAGAAGGUUAUGGGAAGAAAAUAGAGAUAAAAUUAUGUUUGAUUACAAUCAAAUAAGUUAUUUUGGAGAACCAUCCUCCCAAAUUAUGUUCGAUCUUGCAUGGAAAAUGUCGAGAGACAACAAUGAUCUAUUGUGGUGGGCACUUGUUGGUCUCGCCGAACAAUUUGUUAUGAAUAAAACAGAGCAAGAAAAGUAUAUUUUAGCCGCUGCUUCAAUGCAGAGUCAUGUAUCGCGUCAUAACCGAAUCGAGAAUGGUUCUGUAAAUGCUAUUUGUAACAUGAAAAUUUCUUUUGAUAAAGAUUUGAAUCUUGCACUUUAUAGACAUUGGACAUUAUAUGAAAGCAUGCUGUAUUCAAAAUAUACUGCCUGCAAAUUUAAACUAUGGAGCUUCAAAGGUACCAAAAAAAUGUAUGAAUUCCUUGUUGAGAUUGGCCUGCCAUUAUCACAAUGUAAGCAGAAAUUUACUGCAAUGGACAUGGAAUGCCGAAACAAUGUUGGUGCUUGGAUGGAAGAUAUGGCAGAGAAGUACAAACUUGAUCAAAUAGUGUAUGGUUCUUUUGUAUCACAAUUUGGUUUCAAGGGAAAGUUUUGUGCUACUGAUGUUGUUUUGGCACUUAAUGCUCUUUUAGAGGCUACAGAUAAAGAAAAGACUCCUACAGAUAGAUUUUUAGAUACUCUGUAUGCUUUAAGCAAAGGUGAAGUAAAUUCAAUUAAAAAGGGAAUAGAGUUAGCAAAGCUACGUAUGGUUGCUAUUUUUCAGCAAGUUCAGUCAUUCAUUAAUAUGAAACAUGUAGUGAAUGCAGGUCCAUUUUUGUAUGCCAUCGUACCGAAUACCACACAUGACAACAAAUACUUCAGUCACCCCGGAUGUCUUUCACUUCUUGCUCAUUUUUUACUGGAAGCACAUGUGAACAGUUCACGUAAUCGGCGUGCUGGCUCACUGCCUUUGCUGCUGUUUGCUCAUGAUGAAUAUGAACCUGACCGCUGUCUUGUAGUAGGUAUUCCACCACUAUCAGAAGCAUCACCAAAAAGUUUCUUUGGCAAAGCCUUUGAGCAAGCUGCUGAACAAUCUAGAAUUUCAAUCUCUCAAGACCUUUUUUGCCCAUCAUUUACUUAUAUUAACAGAAAUGAUCAGAGCAAGUUCCUGAAUGCCUUGUAUAUGUUAUUAACCUGAUUUAUGAACGCCCCCCCCAUAAUUCCUGAACAUUAUUAUUAAAAGGUUUGCUUUCUUAAUUUCCUUCUUGAUGAAUAUAUACUUUAGUUUUUAUACUUUUGGGGAAAUUUAUUGCAAUCUUAGUCAUUUUUUUUGUACAAAUUGGUAUUCUGUAUAUGUAUAUCUUCAACAUUGUAUUAAUAAUAAUAUUUAUAUAGUGAAAGGUUUGUAUUUAUGGUGUGCAUGUUUUGUAUGUGACAUAACAUUUCAAGUUGAAGUUAAUGUGAAUUUAGCAUUGGUUAAACAAUGUUGCGUAUGUGCGUUUUAUAUAAAAUCUAUAUCUGGUAUGAAAUAAUUAUUUAUGACUGUUUUUAUUCUUAAUUUGUGUUAUUAAAUAUUGUAUUGAUUUGUGCUUUAUUUAACAUAUUUUUAAUUUGCAGUCUUUAUUCCAUGUAUUUUAUUAUACUUUUAUAAAACAGGUUAAGAUACCUUCAUUUAUUUCAUGAUAUAUUAAAAAGGGCUGAAAGGAAAUGUUCUAUGAUAAAGUGAAUAAUUUGCUGUUAUUUAAAUGAUCAUAAAAUAGUUUGAUAAGCAUAUAUAAAAAUCAUUAUUUAGCAUAGGCAAGAUUAAUAUAUUUUAUCUCAAAAACAGUAAUGCUGAAGCAUUUAUAUAUCAAUAUUUUAAAUAAAAAUGAUGGUGUUUAUGCUAAAUAUACAAAUGUUUGAAUUUAAAUUAAUAAUUUUGUAUAAUAUUAAGCAUAUAUCAUUACAUAAAAUUUAUUUCAAUGAAAAUUAAACUAGUCAAUGGAAUUUUCACUUUAGCAAUCGUAAAGGUAAAAUGCAAAUUUACUGAUGUUAAUUGCUUUAUAAGUGAUAUAUAUUGACAAAAUAUAUUUUUUUUGCUAUGCUGUUAAAUUCUAAUGAAAUUAUUACCUUGCAAGUAUUUUAUGAGUUUAAAAAUUAAUAACAUGAUAGGCAUUAGUUUUAGGCAUAAAAUGAAAUUUUUUUGGAUAUUUACAUUUGUAAUGAGAAGUGAAGCUACAUUAAACAUUUAUAGAUGCAGAGCAGACAGUUUAAACAUUUACAGAUACAGAGCAGAUAGUUAGACUUAAAAAGUGCUACUUAGCUAGACGGUUGCAUGGAUUUUGGCGAGUGAUACGGCUUAUUUUAAACCUAUUGCUGGACAAGUUAUUUAUGGUAACUGAUACUUUGUUGUCAUUUUAUUUAAAAAAUAAUGCACUUUAUUAUGCAUAAAUUUUGUGUUUUGAAUAUUAUUUGUGGUUUC